CGGGAGGCGGAGCGGAAGCGGAGUGCGAGGGACGGCAGAGUAAAAUCACCACACGCCUGGGUCCGCCUCGUCCGGGCUCCCCACCCCCGGCCUUUCUCCAUCGCGACCUGGAGCUCAGUUCUGGGCCACUUUGGGGGCAGGAGGAAGUCAGAUGACCAUUUCCAGCUCCUUCUUCGAAACUCGUGUCCUGGGUGACCGACAGUAUAUGAGUGGAGGAGGCCUUGCUGAAGAUGGAGAAUAAACGCUGUUAGAAGAGUUCUUUUCUUUCUCCUUUCAGAAACCUUGAUUGUUUGGUGGCUUGUCUCCAUAAAAUCUUUUUGCUUCAUCAGAAAUGUUUUAUACAAUCUCAAGAAAAAAUAUGUCCCAGAAACUGAGUUUACUGUUGCUUGUAUUUGGACUCAUUUGGGGACUGAUGUUACUACACUAUACUUUUCAACAACCAAGACAUCAAAGCAGUGUUAAGCUACGUGAACAAAUACUAGAUUUAAGCAAAAGAUAUGUUAAAGCACUAGCAGAGGAAAACAAGAACACAUUGGAUGUGGAGAAUGGUGCUUCCAUGGCAGGAUAUGCUGAUCUGAAAAGAACAAUUGCUGUCCUUUUGGAUGACAUUUUGCAACGUUUGGUGAAGCUGGAGAACAAAGUUGACUAUAUUGUUGUGAAUGGCUCAGCAACCAACACCACCAAUGGUACUAGUGGGAAUCUGGUGCCAAUAACCACAAAUAAAAGGAUAAAUGUAUCAGGUAGCAUUAGAUAGCAGUUGAAGAUCACCUUGUGCUGCUACAUCCACUGUGGAUUCUAUCCCAAUGCAGGAGUUUGUUUCAUUUGCUGGCUACCACAGAGUAGUACUUUACAGUAAAAGUGCUACUCAUUCUUAAGGAGUUUGCUGGAUUUAUGGGACUAAUUCUGUAAAUAAAGUUUUAAGCAUUAUUAGUUUGCUUUUCAGACAAAUUUCUUUAAUGCUGUACUCUUAUCUUUAAAGAGAGUGUGGUAACAUGGUUGAUGUAGUAAGCAGAUAGGUGAUCUUUGUAUAAAUCUGUGUUUGAAAUCAGUCAAGUUGAGACAAAACCAUUUAAAAGACAUAGAUUCAUUUCUACAAAAUAUUUAUUUAAGUGUAUAAUGUGUUUUUCAGACAAGUGGACUCUAUAGUGAUUGAACCUUUCUGUUACUUGUUCUGAGUGGAAGUCACUGAGGCUAUUAGGAAAUGUGCUUACUUACUUUCAGCACUAUAUUUUGUUACUCAGAUUAUGAGCAGAGAAAGGAAAUAAAAUAUUGAGCAUAGUGUUUGGAAACCAUGACCCAAAGAAUGUCUUCAUUUGCACUAACCUUCAAAAUAACUGAAGGUUAAUUGUAUAUUUUUAAAAAUCAUAUUUGUAAGAGUGUAAUCUUGAAAGGUUAGCAGUCACUGUCCAUAACCUAACCUAAAUGUUGGAGGCAAUUUCGUAAUAUUAAAAUAGUAAUCUCUAAUCUCAUACUUAAAAUUUUCUUAAAUAUAUUCUGAAGAAUAAGAGCUAUUUUUAUGGUGAAAUUAAAAAUAAGUGUUCAUAAUUUUUCACAUCCAUGAAUGCUAAUUUAAAAGUUUAAUGCCAGUCAGUGUCAUGUGCCUGUAAUCCCAGCUGCUUGAGAGGCUGAGGCAGGAACAUUGCAAAUCUGAGGCCAUCCUGGGCUACAUUGGAAGAUCCUGUUUAAAAAAGAAAGGUUUUCUGGGGGCUGGUGGC